AUGGAUGAAAUUAAAAAAAAUGGAAGGGGUGUAAAAUCAGAAGGAAUUGCUCCAUCAUCACAACCAACUUUAUCAUCAGCAGCAAUUAGAACAUUGAAUUCAUCCAUUACAAAUAAUUUAAAGACAAUCAAUAAUGACGUUACAAUAAAUUUGAGAAAAAUAGAAAUUAGACCUAAUGGUGGACAUCUUGGUAGAUAUACAGAUAUAAAACUUGCAUUAAUAUUUAGAAAUCGUGAUUUUUGUAUAUUAUUGAAUGACAUGCAAAAUAAAAUAUCUAUUCAAUUGGACGAGAUCAUUGGAUUCAGAAUGGCAGAAUUUAAAGAAAUGGAAUUUCAACUUCUUCAUAAUUUCAAAAGAACAUGUUUUCACAAUAAUGUUGAGAUUAAAGCAGAUCCAACCAAUGGUUUAAUGGAUGGUGCAACUUCAUUGUUGUUCAUACCAACAUCUGCCACUCAUCUUAAUUCAUUGACAAAGAUAGAAUCUGCAUUCUUUAAAUAUUUUACACAACAAAAAUUGAAAUCAGAUAAAACUAAUAAUAACAAGAAUAAGAUCUUAGUCACUUGGAUAGCAUUUGUAGAACAUGGUUUUGUAAUUGUUCCACAAGACAUUACACUCAAUUCUUUAUUGCAAAAUAUAGAAAAUAGAUUUGAAAUAAAGCCUAAUUAUGAUCAAAUCUCAUACAAGAAUGGUGUCGGUGAAAUGAUUGCUAUUAGAGAUGAAGAAGAUUGGAGAGUUGCUAAAUGGGAAGCUAAUUAUGAAAAAAAAAUUGGCAUUGAACUUCAUUUGAAAUAA